UGAUUUAUUCAGAUUUAUUUUUUCAAUUUGUUUUUUAUGUUAUAAAUAAAAUGGAUACUAUCCCAGAUCCGAUGCCUAAUCCCGAUGGAGUUCAUCUAGAUCUCAAUCCCGACGAUGUUCAGCAAUAUAAAGGUGACAAGGAGGACUUGGUAGCUGAUGAAAGUGGACGCUAUAACAAAUUGAAAGAGGACACUUCAGGGAGCAGCAUCAGUGAUGGGAUUCAGGAGACACGCCCACUUUCCCAGCCUCUCCAAAAUACAAAGUCAGGUUGUGUAAAACAUGGUGAAGGUCUUAAAGUUAUCAUCAUUUCUACAGUGGUUCUUGCCUUGGCUGUCACUGUAGCUCUAAUCAUACAGAUAUGUGUUGGACCCCCACAGGUUCCACCUCAUGGGGCAGUUGCUAGUGAUGUUUCCGAAUGUUCAAUCAUUGGAACUGAUAUUCUCAAAAAAGGUGGCUCUGGGGUUGAUGCUGCCAUAGCAACUACUUUCUGUGUUGGAGUUGUAAAUAGUUUCGCUUCUGGAAUAGGAGGUGGUGGUUUUAUGACAGUACAUGAACAUGGCAUUCUUAAACCACACACCACUCGUGUCAUCAACUUCAGGGAAACGGCACCAGCUGGGGCCUCCAAGAAUAUGUAUGCAAACGAUUACAAUGCCUCAUUGAUAGGUGGGUUAUCAGUAGGGAUUCCAGGAGAAUUGAAGGGCUUGGAGAAGGCGUAUGAUCUUUAUGGGAAACUCUCAUGGAAAGAGCUAGUGCUGCCCUCUGUUGGCGUUGCCAGAAAUGGGUUCAAAUGCAGUAAGACACUUGAGAAUACUUUGAAACUGCGUGCAAACAAAGCCAUGUUUUUGAAAAGCCCCAUAUUAAAAGAGUCUUUCAUGAGAGAUGAAGGAGCCAGGUUUGUACGUGAAGGGGAGGUUGUGAAAAGACCAGAACUGGCUAAGACUCUAGAGAUUCUAGCAGAGAGUGGGGCAAGUGCCUUCUAUGAUGGAAGUCUAACUGAUGGAAUAAUCUCAGCUGUGAAGAAGGAAGGAGGGAUAUUGACCAGAGAUGACUUGAGGAAGUAUGAAGUUGCCGUAGUAGACCCACUUAUUACUACAUAUGAGGAGUAUGAGGUUAUGACAGCCCCACCCCCAAGUAGUGGUGCUUCCCUGCUACUUGCAUUACACAUGUUGGAUCUGAUGAAUGUUACCCAAAAAGAUGAAAAUGCCACACAAUUCUCACAUAAGAUGAUUGAGAUGUUCAAGUUUGUGUAUGGUGAACGAGGGACCCUGGGAGAUGAGUCUCCCGAAGUUCAUAGCCGGGUAGAGGAAAUGUUAAAUACAAGUUUUGCUGCAGAACUUUUGGCAAAAAUAGACCCAUCAAAGACGCAUGAUCUUCAAUUUUACAUUCCAAAGUAUAAAGCAGCUCCAUCUGGUGGUACGUCGCAGAUAUCAGUGAUCAGUCCUGAUGAACAACUGGUCUCCAUAACAUCGUCUAUGAAUUGGUGGUUUGGCUCCCAUGUGAUUACAGACUCCGGGAUUCUACUGAACAAUCAAAUGAAUGACUUCAACAUUCCUGGACGCCCCACAGCUAAUGAGUCACUCUUUAAUCCAGCCAAUGACAUUGCCCCAGGGAAGAGCCCUCUAUCUACAAUGAUUCCAACUGUUUUACACUCAAAGAAGCCAUGUGGUCUUAGAAUUGCUAUAGGAGGGGAAGGGAGCACUGCAAUACUAGGAGCUGUGGUUGAUGUUUUACUGGGCUUUACAAAGUUUGGUAUGACCAUCUCUGAUGCGAUCGAGGCACCAAGGUUGUUCAACACACUAUCACCCAACAAAGUACAAUAUGAAGAUGGAAUAUCAAGCUCUAUCAUAGAAUACCUAAAAGGACUUGGCCACCAGGUGGGGCUACUGGAGUCUGACCAUAAGAACAUUGUAAAUGCAGUUCUCAAGGUCGAUAGAGAUAUACAAGGACAUGCAGACUCUAGAAAAGGCGGAGCUGCUUCUAUAUUCUAA